GUUGAAAUCAUUCCUCUGGACACUGAUAAUCCGAAAGGCAGGACAGCCACCCGAGCCUAUCUGUGAUCCUCAUUCACGUUAUCUGUGCACUUUGACAAUCUGCAUCGAGAAGUUGUAUCUCUGAGGCCACAUGAGAGAGCGAGAAACAGUUCAUUCCUUACGGACACCCUUAAACUGUAGUGUACCUCUCCGCCAUCUGUGGUCAAACAAAUAUGUGAAAUAAGUUAUUGAUCAACCAAUCAUUCUAGAAAAUGCAUGAAGACGAAGAAUCUGAGUCAUAUUCUGCAUGCUUCGCAGUUGAUGUUAUAAGUUUUUUUUUUAUUUUGCCUGAUGAUUGAUGAUGUACAUAUUUAUGAUGUAAUCUGAGAUGCACUUUAGGGACAGCAUUGAUCGAAGCAGACAGCUGUGCAUAUUCUGGCAGGCGUCAGAUGUGCUCUGAAGUUGCACUAUAUUGCACAAUCUUUGCAGGAGCUUUGGCCUGUUAUGGUUUUAGUUUAAAACCAAAUAGAAAUAUAGGAUCACUAUAGAAGGCCUGACAUUCACAAAUGAAAGCAAGGUACAGCACUGGCUUGGCUUUCCUUUCGACGCUUGGCACGGGUUUCUUCAGAGAUCCCGUUUUUGCAUCGAGAUCCCAUCUCACACCUGGAAAGUUGGGAAGCCGCAGAGUGGACUCUGGCUCACGGCGCUCGGACUUGAAGAACUGCAUUGCAGAUACUUAAGCGAUGGGAAGUCGACUGGGCUGGCGGCGCUGCCAGUUCAUCAGCGAGAUGCAGAGCAGACGCAAGGACCCUGAAAAAUGAGUCUUGCUCUGAUUCAUCUACAGCACGCAGAAAACAGCGACUGGUGUAAAUGACUAUUGCUACCUCCCAGACCCAGAUAACCUGCUCAAUCAGCUGCAGCCCCCUGUGGACAGCUGUCUCUCUCUGCUGAUGGCAAACUGUCACUGCGUCCUGAAUAGAGGAGAGAGAGAGGAGCCUCACCAGCCGCAGCAGAAGCAGGAGAGAGCAGCUGAUGUGGCUGGGGGAUCUAUUGUUCCUGUGUGUUAGCCAGUUUUCCUUCUCCUCCACGGACAGUCAGCACCGUGCAGCUGAGAGUAAGGUGACUUCUCCGGACAUCGUUCAUGACGGGAUACUAAUCCACGCGCAAAAGGACACAGAGGGCAAAACCACUCUUCUGCGGCGUUUUUACCUGGGUCCUGUGGAUUAAAGCAUCCUGCUUAAGGCAUGGAGCUGAAAGAGAGAGGACCAGUCUUGCUUAAUGGUCCAAAAGGGACAGCUCCACUGUCAGCCCCCUGUUUGUGGAGGGUAGUUCUCCUGCUGUUUGGAAUCUGGGAUGCUCAGGCACAAGCUGAAGGGGAAAGCAAAUCUGUAUAUUUCUGGCAAACGGGGCCUUGGGGGCGGUGUAUGGGAAGUGACUGCGGGCCAGGCGGCAGCCAAAGCAGGGAGGUCUGGUGUGCUCACGUAGAAGGAUGGACAACAUUGGACACGAACUGUGUACAGGCUGAGAGGCCAGACAACCAGCAGAGCUGUUUUAGGGUGUGUGACUGGCACAGGGAGUUGUAUGACUGGCACUUGGGCAAGUGGAAUCAGUGCCUGCCUGUGGCACUGAGAAACUCUGGAUCUUAUAAAUCCCCGGUGUGUGUGAAAGGAGAGGAGGGCAUUCAGACCCGGGAGGUGGCCUGUGUUCAGAAGGCGAACGGCUCUCCCACCGAGGACGUCAUUUGUGAAUACUUCGAGCCAAAGCCUCGCCUCGAGCAGGCGUGCCUGAUCCCCUGCCCUCGGGACUGCGUGGUGUCCGGGUUCUCCCCUUGGUCCGCCUGCUCCAGGACCUGCGGGAUGGGGCUGCGGCAUCGGGUCCGCAGGGUCCUGGCCCCGCCGCUGUACGGGGGCUCCGCCUGCCCGGACCUGACGGAGCUCGAGCCGUGCCGGUCCGGCGCCUCUCUCCUCUGGAUCCUGAUAUAUCACCAUUCAGAGAAGCUGCUAAAUGGAGCUGUAAAAGGAGGCGCUGUCCUUUGUUCCCAGGAGAAGCUCCCCGUCACUUUCCAGUCAUGUGUCAUGAGGAAGGCCUGCGAGGUGACGGAGUGGUCCGAGUGGGGUCCCUGCUCCAGGGAUUGCUAUGACCCGAGCGCCCCCAGGGGUGUCCGCAGAAGGACGAGGAGUGUCAAGCAGUUCGCCGUGGGGGGGGGGGCAGAGUGCCCCGUCCUGGAGGAGCAAGAGCCAUGCACCCCCCAAGGAGACGGCAUCCCGCCCUGCGCCUCGUACGGGUGGAGAACAACGGAGUGGAGUGAGUGCCGUGUGGACACCCUGCUCAGCCAGCAGGAUCGCAGAAGGGGGAAUCAGACCAGCCUCUGUGGAGGGGGAGUUCAGAACAGGGAGGUGUACUGUGUCCAGACCAAUGAAGACCUCCUCUCCUACCUGAACACACUGAAAGAAAAAGAAGCAUCCCGGCCUGUGGACAGUAAGUUGUGUGGAGGCCCUGUGCCAAACACAACCCAACUGUGUCACAUUCCCUGCCCUAUUGAGUGUGAAGUGUCAUCUUGGACAGCCUGGGGACCGUGUACCUUUGAAAACUGUGACGAUCAAGGAGGAAAGAAGGGCUUCAAACUAAGGAAAAGACGAAUUAUUAACGAACCAACAGGAGGAACGGGGAACUGCCCUCACCUCACUGAAGCCAUACCCUGUGAAGACCCUGCUUGCUUUGACUGGCAGCUGGUCAGACUGGGAGAGUGCAUACCUGACAAUGAAAACCAGUGUGGGCCCGGUACACAGAUUCCAGAAGUGAAAUGCGUCAACAGUGAUGGAGAGGAGGUAGAGAGACAAGUGUGCCGUGACGCCAUCUACCCCACUCCUGUCGUCUGUGAAGUGCCGUGCCCCAAGGACUGUGUGCUCAGCCCCUGGUCAGCGUGGUCCUCCUGUUCCCACACCUGUUCAGGAAAAACUACCGAAGGAAAACAGACACGAGCACGUUCCAUCUUGGCAUACAAUGCAGGAGAAGGAGGAGUUCAGUGCCCGAACAGCAGCGCUCUCCAGGAAGUGCGAAACUGCAAUGACCACCCGUGCACCGUCUAUCACUGGCAAACGGGAACAUGGGGCCCUUGCAUUGAGGACACGUCCGUGUCGGCCAUCAACACCACCACCAGCUGGAGUGGGGAGGCCUCCUGCUCGGUGGGCAUGCAGACCAGGAAGGUCAUCUGCGUUCGGGUCAACGUGGGACAAGUGCCUCCAAAGAAUGUACCAGGUAAUCUGUGUCACGGGAAGUCAGAUUUUCAUCUGAGACUACCCACUUUGGUUUCCUUCUUGAAAGGAAAUUGUGCACAAAUCCCUUCUUUUUCCCCCCUUAUUCCUCGUUCUUUUUCCUCCUGCCCAGGGGGUGGCGUGAAGAAGAAGCAGUCUCGGUACCGGAUUAUAAUCCAGGUGCCGGCCAACGGAGGACAGGAUUGCCCUGACGUUCUGUACGAAGAGAAAGAGUGUGAGGCUCCGUCCAAUUGUUUGGGUUACAGGUGGAAGACCCACAAGUGGCGCCGCUGCCAGUUGGUGCCGUGGUACGUGCGCCAGGAGCACCCCGGGGCUCACGAGACCUGCGGGCCUGGGCUGCAGACAAGAGCUGUCUCAUGCCGCAAGCAAGAUGGAGGCCAAGCAGAUAUUAGUGACUGCCUGAAGUAUGCCAGCACAAUGCCCCCUAUCACCCAGCCCUGCCAGCUUCCUUGUCAGGACGACUGCCAGUUCACCAACUGGUCAAAGUUUUCACCAUGCAGCACUGACUGUGCAGGAGUUAGAACCAGGAAACGAGCUCUUGUUGGGAAAAGCAAAAAAAGAGAUAAGUGCAAAAAUACCCAAAUGUACCCCCUGAGCGAGACCCAGUACUGCCCUUGCGACAAGUACAACGCCCAGCCAGUGGGGAACUGGUCUGACUGCAUCCUGCCGGAAGGAAAGGUAGAGGGGAUCUUGGGAAUGAAGGUCCAAGGAGACAUUAAGGAAUGUGGCCAAGGAUAUCGCUACCAGGCCAUGGUUUGCUAUGAUCAAAAUAAUCGGCUCGUGGAAACCUUGCGAUGUAACAGCCAUGGCUACAUCGAGGAGGCCUGCAUUAUCCCCUGUCCGUCGGACUGUAAGCUCAGCGAGUGGUCCAACUGGUCCCGCUGCAGCAAGUCCUGCGGCAGUGGAGUCAAGGUGCGAUCCAAGUGGCUUCGUGAAAAGCCUUACAACGGAGGCCGGCCUUGUCCCAAACUCGACCACAUCAAUCAGGCCCAGGUAUACGAAGUGGUGCCCUGCCUUAGCGACUGCAGUCAGUAUGUGUGGGUUGCGGAACCCUGGAGUGUAUGGAAAGUGAGCAAUGUGGAUCUGAAGGAAAACUGCGGAGAAGGUGUUCAGACAAGAAAAGUCAGGUGUAUGCAGAAUACAAUUGACGGUCCGUCAGAGCCAGUUGAAGAUUACCUCUGUGAUCCUGAGGAGAUGCCCCUGGGUGCCAGGGAGAGUAAGCUACCCUGUCCUGAGGACUGUGUAUUGUCAGACUGGGGAGCUUGGAGCAGGUGUCCUUUGCCCUGCAAUGGAAACCACACUCGGGAGAGAUCUGCGUUUCUCGUUAGGCUGCCCGGACAAGGAAGGCAGUGUCCACCUUCCACAGAAACAGAACCCUGCAAUCUGAACAAGAACUGCUACCAUUACUCAUACAACAUCACAGACUGGAGCACUUGUCAGCUCAGUGAGAAAGCGGCGUGUGGCAGUGGUGUGAAGACCCGGAUGUUGGAUUGCGUCCGCAGCGACGGCAAGUCCGUCGAUCUCAAGUACUGCGAAGAACUUGGUUUGGAGAAAAACUGGCAAAUGAACAUGUCCUGUGUUGUGGAAUGCCCAGUGAACUGUCAGCUGUCUGACUGGUCUCCCUGGUCAGAGUGCUCUCAGACAUGUGGACUAAAAGGCAAGAUGUGGCGGAGGAGGUCUGUGAUUCAGGCUUCCCAGGGGGACGGGAGGCCCUGUCCUUCACAGAUGGAGCAGUGGAAACCAUGUCCAGUCAAACCCUGUUACAGAUGGCAGUACAGUCGGUGGUCUGAGUGCGGAGUUGAGGGCGCACAUUGCGGAGAAGGGUUACGGUUCAGGAACAUCUCCUGCUAUGUGUUUGAUGGAUCCAAGGAAGACCAGGGUAGUGUUGUAGAUGAGGAGCUGUGUGGAGAAUUGGAGCCAUCUGUAGAUGGAGAUAAACACAUCAAACUGGAGGAGAGUUGCACAGUCCCAUGCCCAGGAGACUGCUAUUUGACAGAAUGGACUUCCUGGAGCUCGUGUCAGCUCACCUGCAUCAACGGAGAAGAUCUAGGCUUCGGCUCCGUGCAGGUCCGAUCUAGGGCUGUAAUUGCUCAGGAGCAGGACAACCAACAGGAAUGUCCAGAACAAGUAUGGGAAUCCAGGCCCUGCACAGAUGGAGAGUGCUAUGAAUAUAAAUGGAUGACUAGCACGUGGAAAGGAUCUUCCCGCUUGGUGUGGUGCCAGCGUUCAGAUGGGUUGAACGUCACAGGUGGAUGCCCUCUGACAAGCCAGCCAGCGUCUGACAGGUCCUGCAGUCCUCCCUGUAAUAAGCCUCAAUCCUACUGCACUGAGGCAGGGGUGUGCGGCUGUGAGGAGGGGUACACAGAGGUCAUGACGUCAGACGGCCGGCUGGACCAGUGCACUCUGAUCCCCGUGCUGGAGAUCCCCACUGGGGGGGAUAGGAGCGGGGACGUGAAGACCAGCCGAGCUGUAAACCCCACCCAGGCCUCCACCAACCAGCCGGGCCGCGCAGGCAGGACGUGGUUCCUGCAGCCCUUCGGACCAGAUGGGAAACUGAAGACAUGGGUGUAUGGUGUAGCUGCUGGCGCUUUUGUCCUGCUCAUAUUUAUAGUCUCUAUGAUCUAUCUAGCUUGCAAAAAGCCAAAGAAACCCCAGAGAAGACAAAAUAACAGACUGAAACCUUUGACCCUGGCCUAUGAUGGUGACGCUGAUAUGUAGAUAACUCAGACAGGCUUGGCUUCCUAAUUGAAACACCAUUGUUUCUGUGUCAGGAAAAGUCCCAUCCUGACUGGAUUGGAAAGUUCUAUGGCAUUUACAUCAAGUCUCCAGAAACUUAAUUUGAGUGUAAAAUAGAGUGGAAAAUGAAGUGUAAAAUCAAAGUUCAAAAGAAUGAUCACUGAAAAGACUUGGAAGAAAUUCAUAUUCAGCACUAGCCUAUUCCUGUGCUGCAGAAGAGACUUCUCAGCCUUAAUGGAUGAGAGAAAAACUGCCUUUGCUUUAUAGCUGUUUACUCUAUGUGUACUAACUGCUUUCACAAUAAAGACUACUGCAGCAGAGCACUGGGCAGGCUGUAAAGGACAGGUUUUGGUAAGAACAAAGAACAUAUCCCAAACUUCAAAAAGCUGCCAGCAUCAAAAUACAGUUGAAGAAUCUUCAUUGUGCGUACAGAAGUCAGGAGCUGGGGAUAAAAUAUUCACAUGUUGCCAAACGUCACUGCAUAGUAGCCAGUUGCCUAGUUGGAAGACUGAAUCACCUGCAUCUCAGCUCCAACACAUUUCUACAAUGCCUGCUUAAAUGAAACACUACAAGAUGGAUUUUCCAGACGGAUUUUCCCGUGUAGCUCCCUGUGUCUGGAAGAUGAAAAUACAUACAACUAUUGAAACAUACUACCAAUUUAUACACUCUUAAAUCUACUGGAAUCCUGCCUGCACCCUUUUGCUACAUUUCAGGCACAUUUUUGCACUAUAUUAGUGCAGCAUGAUAUGCACUUAUAUCUAGAAUUUGCCAUAUAGAAAACUGCCUCUUUCAAUUCAGAAUGGUGUACCGUCUUGUGCUAGAAAUGUAAAAGUAGACAAUACCCCAAUGGAACAAACCAAUGUUAAUUCAUUCAAAUGAGCCGAGUUCUGUAAUGUGACAAGUUAGAAAAUCAGUAAUGUACAUAUAUAUAUAUAUAAUUUUUCUUGUCACAACACUGUUUUUUAAAUUGUAACAUUUGUGGUCUGUAUUAUAUGUGUCUAGUUUUCUGCCAGACUGACUUUAAAUAUGUCAUUUCAGCAAUGGUUUCUUAUACUGUGAUUUUGAAGGCUGUUUACAACUAGUUGUUUUAUAUUUGUUUUCUAUUAUACAGAAAUAUACAUAUGUUAACCAGACCUAGUUUUGGUUCUGAUUUCACAUGUAAAUGAUGAUAUUUUGUGCUACAAGAUUUGGCCAUGCUAAAAAAUGUCAUUUACCUAUCCACUGUUGCAUACAUUCAGAGCUGCUUACUUUACAAAGAAAUUAAAAUCAUCUGCCUUACCGUCUUCACUGGCAUAAAAGGAAUUGUAGUGAAAAAUACCUAACAGUGAUGUUUAUUAGCACUUGGCAUUUCUUUGCAAGUUGCCCAUAUAACCUGCUUUUCCUGUCUCUUACAUCUGUGUAAGAUGCUAGGCCUUAUUACUGUUUAAUAUAAAAAAUACAUUUUAAACAAAAAUCCUGAAAUUAUAUCUGCUACAGGUUUGUAUUAGAACUAAUGGCUGCUAGAGGUCUUUUUCAGAAACUGCAAUAUACUGUAAUUUGCCUAUAAUAGCAAACUAAUAUAGCAAACAGGUGUCCUUCUGGGUUUAUGUCUUAGGUAACACAGUAAAUGUGUAUUUUGCGACUCAGACUAUAACCCGAAUCCAAAAGGAGGAUGAAGACGAUCCUGAAGCUAAAAUUGAGAGGAAGCUCCUUGAAACACUUUCAUACAGAGAGGAGAAGUUCUACUUACAUUUUAUUUUAAAAACAGCACUAAUCACAUACAGUAUAUUGUGGUAAUGAUUUUUCAGUUGAAAAAUGGUAAGGGUACCUACUCUUGAAAAACUAUCCAAAGUGGGAGAAGUGCAACCAUGAAUAAAAUUCAGAUGACCACAUACGUUUUUGCAAGGAGCAAGCUCAAAAUCAACCCCUCCACAAUUCUGAGGGUUUUUUUUUUAGUGUGCACCCCUGACAUUUGCAGUGUUGCAAGAUGCUAUUUUACCAACAUCUGAGUUUCUGUUGUUAAAUGCCACACCUUCAUCCUCAACACAGUGAAACAAUGUACCCACACCAAGAGUAAAUAAGUCAUUUUGGAUUUCUCAGUGGAGAAUAAACAAGAAUAUCCAAGUGAACUAAGGUGGAUGCCCUUUUUUCCAUAGUUUUCCUGGCAUUCGGUUUUCUUUGCUGAAGACAAGGCUGCGUUUCACCUACAGCUGAUCUUGUCUGUAAGGUGGCACAGCUGCUGAAAAGAAUGUUUACUUUUUCAUUUGUUUUUGAGUUGUAAAUAACUUGCAUACUGUAUUUUUAUUUUUUAACUUAUGUAUAUUAUUUCUUUUAUAUUGCACAAACAUUUAGUACAAACCUCUAAAAACCUGUGUAUGAUGUUACUGACAAGGCAGGUGACUUGUAAAGAAGUAAGAAGGUUCGGGCGUUUUCCUACAGGUUGUUUAUAUAUGUAACUGAUGAAUUGCUGAUAAUAAAUAAACAAAAUGCU